AUGAUGCUAGCUUGGUUUGAACUAUGCAAGGUGAAUGCGUUGGCGAAGACACUAACCUAUGUUCAGAUCCCAAAUUUCUUUACCUACGAUUCAUCCAAGAAACAUUUUAAAGAGAGGAAACAAAGGUUUUGUAUUGGAAGAAUCAAUUAUGGUCCAAGAAAGGUUGAAGAUGCCUAUUAUCUUCGAGUAUUGUUGGGUGUAGUCCAAGGUCCGGAGAGCUUUAAUGAUAUCAAGACGUACAAUGGUGUUUUGUAUCCGUCUUACAAAGAUGCCUGUUAUGCUAGGGGUUUACUAGAGAAUGACCAAGAGUAUGUAGAUGACAUAGUCAGGAGAAGCUUUACGUGUACUCCUGCAGAUCUGCGACAGCUUUUUGUCAUCAUGCUUAGUUCAGAUAGUCUUACUUCUCCUGAGGUUGUUUGGAAUAGUACUUGGGAGAUGCUCUCAGCUGACAUUGAAUUCAAUAGAAGACGGCAUCUUAACAGACCAGCGUUGAUAUUAAGCGACGAGGAUAAAAGAGAGUUAGCCCUUCAGGAAAUUGUGAAGAUUAUUAAAAGGAAUGGCGGUGAUUUCAAAAGGUUCACAACGAUGCCUAAGCCAAAAGGAAUGAAUCAAGAUACAGACAAUGUUUUAGUUGUCGAUGAAACAAGCUACAAUCGAGAGCAACUGAAAGCUGAUCACGACAGAGAUCUUCCGAAGCUCACGACGGCUCAUUCGAGGUUUGGUAUACCUAUAAAUCCUUAUGAGUUUACGACAUGUACUAUGAAGAAAGGUUGUGAUCUUGAAAACUUAGUAAAGGAAGCAGAACUUAUUAUAUGGGAUGAAGCUCCAAUGAUGAGUAGGCAUUGUUUUGAGUCUUUGGAUCGAAGUCUAGCUGAUAUCAUGCGUAAUACAAAUGGAAAGCCGUUUGGAGGAAAAUUUAUUGUUUUUGGAGCAGACUUCAGGCAGGUACUUCAUGUGAUUCCUGGAGCCGGAAGAGCUGAGAUCGUAUUGUCCUCACUUAACUCAUCUUAUCUGUGGAAACACUGUAAAGUUUUGAAACUGACCAAGAAUAUGCGUUUGCUCUCCGGGUUGUUGAGUGAAGAAGAAGCAUCUGAUAUUAAGGACAUGUACUAUGAAGAAAGGCAUUGUUUUGAGUCUUUGGAUCGAAGUCUAGCUGAUAUCAUGCGUAAUACAAAUGGAAAGCCGUUUGGAGGAAAAGUUAUUGUUUUUGGAGGAGACUUCAGGCAGAAUAUGCGUUUGCUCUCCGGGUUGUUGAGUGAAGAAGAAGCAACUGAUAUUAAGGAAUUCUCAGAGUGGAUUCUUGAUGUCGGCGAUGGCAAAAUUAACGAACCUAACGAUGGUGAGGCAGAAAUAGAUAUACCUGAUGAGUUCCUUAUCACUGACCAAGAGGAGCCUAUCGAAUCUAUUAGUCGGAAAAUCUAUGGGGAUGCUUCUUCUCUACAGCAGAUCAAAGACCAAAAUAUUCUUUCAAGGAAGAGCUCUUUUGUGUCCCACAAACGAGGAUGUUGA